CCGUUCGAACAACAUCAUACACUUUUAAGUUGGCUUGUGCCAGUUCUCAGAAGUUGUAACACUCAAAUAAAUUUAUAACAUUUUUUGAGAAUGUUUUAUGAUUAUAUAACAUAAUAUAUCGGUUUUAGAAAGUCGUAUAACAAAUAUAAAUAAUUUCGACACCCUGUGUAAACUCUAAACCGUAAUCCGUCGGUAUCUCGUCGGAAUAUUCCGACAAAUAACCGACGGAAUUAACUAUACCGACGAGGAGCAGACGGAAAUGGUCGUCGGUAUUUAGAAAAUUACCCGGGUGAAGCUGUACCGGGCAAAAUUUCAGCGAACCGCCAAUAUUAAAAAACCGACGGAUUUCUGACGGGUAUAUUAAAUACCGACGGAAAAAACCCGUCGGUAAUCCGUCAGUUUGUUAAAUGAAUACAUAAGAGAAAAUCUCUUCUUUUUCCUCAUUUCUUCCCCUUUUUUCUCUCUCUCCGCCCAACCUCUCCUCCUCCCUCGCGAUUUCCGGCUAAAUCCCCCAAAUUCGACCUCCUCUUUCACCCAGUCAUGUAAGAUUUUCAAUUCCUUUAACUUUGCUCAUGGGAUUUUAAAGGUUACAAUGUUAGUUUUAGGGUUUAUGUGAUUUUGAGAUUGAUUAGGGAUUUGGAAGUUAGUUUAGGGCCGGGAUUGAAGUUUUGAUUUAGGAUUUGUGUGAUUGAAGUUAUAGAUUUUGAAGUUAUUGAAGUUAUAAAGUUUUUUUUUAAUCAAAUGUUUUUAAUUAUAUAAAAAUCGUUUUUAUUUAUAAAAAAUCAGCAUAUGGUAUAAAAAAUAUUUUUUUCAUUAUAAAAAUUCGUUAAAUAAAUUAUAAAACACAUUUUAAUUAUUAUAAAAAUAUUUUAAUUAUAAAACGUUUCUAAAUAAUAAAAAAGCUUACUAAUGUUUUUUUUUGUAGGGAUGAACCACCUCCUCUUAUACUUAGACGUCGUUCUCGCCGGGGUACUUCUUCAGUCACUCAGAGUACUCAGAGUACGUCACCCGCUAGUAGCCCAGUUGCAGCUACCACUCCUCCAGCAGCCCCCACCCCUCUAGCAGCCCGCACCCCCCUUCUGUAGCUUCCGGCCCUUCUCAAAGUUCAAGAGGAGGAGGAUUGCCUACUACGAUGACUGUUGCGGAGUUAGUUAGGCAACCUGGCCGAGAAUCGCUUCAGCGCCUUGAUCCAAAUUAUCUUAUUGUCCCAAACACCACUUGGUUUGAUUUGUCUGGCAAUGGUAUCACCAACAGCCUUCUUAGGAUGGAGUACACGAUGCUAAAGCGUGGUUAUCCAACUUUCUAUGACAUGCCUGAAGAAGAUCAAGAACUUUGGUUUCGGCAAUUUGCGGUAUACGUUGUCAAUUUUUAAUAUUAUAAAAAAAAUUUCUACAAUUGUAACUUUCUAAAAAAAAAAUUGUAUUUAUUUUGCAGCAAGAGUUCACUUGGGAAUCAGGGAUUACAGAACAAGUGAAAAUUGUUUUCCGCCGCAAAGCAGCUUCGCACUACACCAAGCGGAUCAAUGAGUGGAAGCAAAAAUUCGAUGUUGGCGAGGUCCCAAAGCACAUCAACCCAGACGUUUGGCGGGAUUUGUGUGCUCAUUGGACGAAAGAUGAGACAAAGUCUUUGUCGACAAUCAACUCGCAAAAUCGGUGUAGCGGGCGUGGCGGGAAAGGGAUGUUUGUCCACAACUUAGGGGCAACAAGUUUACAGACCCGAGCACUUCAGCUAAUGAAGGAAAACGGUGGAGUUCCCGUAGAUGAUUUUACCCUGAUGAAGAACGCCUAUACCAACAAGAAGAAUGGGGAGAUUCAGGAUGGACUUAUUAAGGGCGUAAUCCAGGUCGUGGAAAAUCGAAAAGUGGAUCUCCUCGCGACUCAAGCUUCUAUGUGUGAAGAAGGCGAUUCUGCAUCUUCCAACUCCUUAACCGUAGAGCAACUCAACAACCUUGUUCUCGAGGCUGUUCCAAAGAAAAAGGGCCGUUAUGUUGGAUUGGCUCGUUCGACCGGAGGGGCUUCUUCUUCUUCUUCAGCUCACUAUCCACUCGUUGAUGAGCUUAUGGAGCAGAUUAAGACCAAGGAUACGGAGAUUGAGUUCCUGAAGCAGGACAAUGCUGAAAUCCGGGUUGAGCUGCAGCAAAACCGAAUGACUAUGGAGGAAAACAAUGUUCUCACCCAGACCUUGUUGCAGAAGUUUAGGACCCGAUUCGGUGAAGACUUUUAGUUGUUUUUUAAUUUUCAAAAACUUUUUAUUACUUUUUAUAACUUUAAUGUAUAAUAAUGUUGAAUUUAUAUAUCUAUAAUGUUUUUAAAUUCUAAAUUAUCAAUUUUUUCCAGAAAUUAAAUUAAGAAUUAUAAAAAUUGUUUUUUUAAUUAAAAAAGGAAUACCGACGGAUAGAGUUAUCCGUCGGAAUUUCUACAUUUUUCCGACGAAUAAGAUCCAUCGAUAUUUUCAUGAUAUUCCGACGGAAUAAAGUCGUCGGUUUUAUUUUCAGUUACCGACGGACUUUUUUCGUCGGUAUUUUCUGAAUAUUCUGAUGAACACCCUUUGUCGGUAUUUUCUGAAAUUCCGACGAAUUCUCUUCGUCGGUAUUCUCUAUAAAUACCGACGGAUAUGUAUCGUCAGAAAUUUUAGAUAAAAACCGACGGAAUACGUUCGUCGGUAUUUGCCGACGAAAUAUGUUCGUCGGUAUUUACCGACAAAUUUCCGACGAAUAUCAGUAUACCGACGAGAUGAUACCGACGGACAUUUUUCGUCGGUAUUCCGUCGGUAUGCGGCUUUCCC